AUGUUAUGGGGUCUGGAUUUUCGUAAGGAUUAUAGGCGGGUCUGCGAAAUCGUAUGCCUAUUGGAUGAAGUUCCAACGCUCAUGUUGACUGCCACAGCCACAAAUGCAGUCAAAGCAGACGUCUGCAAUGUUCUUGCUGUUGAAGAUGCAGCUGUGAUAGCUCGUCUUCCAAACAGACCCAACAUAUUUCUGCACUUACUUAAAGUGAAAGAAAAUUUUGAGGAAGAGCUAUCCUGGCUGAUAGGCUGCCUCAAAAAGGGCCAAACCAAGUGCCCUAAAAUAUUAGUGUACUGUCGGAACGUGAGGGCAGUGUACCAAAUGUACAUGUGGGUGAUGGAAGAGCUGGGUGAUCAGGCCUAUGCAGGAAGACAUCACAGUGUGGAUUGCCGACUUGUGGAAAUGUUCCACUCAAAGGCAGACCAGGAAUCCAUGGAGCGGAUUAUGACUAACUUUCCAAAAGAAGACAGCCACAUCCGAUUGCUAUUUGCAACAAUAGCAUUUGGGAUGGGUGUCCAGAUUAAUGAUGUGGACAUCGUUGUUCACUGGGGAUUAGAGCAGAGUGCCCUGCAAUAUUGGCAGGAGGUCGGGCGAUGUGCUCGUGACGGUCGGCCUGGCCUGGCAGUGACAUAUGCCUUGUCACGCACCAUCACCACUUGUAAAGACAAGGCUAUGAAAGAAGUAGCCACUUGCUCUACGUGUUGCAGGGUGCAGCUUCUUCAGAUGUUCGCUAUAGACUCUGCUGGGGCGGAGGAACUCGAGACACUAAAGCUAAAGUCAAACUGUGAACAGAACUGCUUGCAAAUGUGUCAGUGUGCAUUAUGCAGCUGCUGCAGCAAUUGCCAGGUAGAUUGUUGCUGCCCAUCCCGAGCAUCGUCUUUUCUUGAAAGACUGGAAAAGAUGUAUGUGGUUUUCUUGACAUGCUUCAAGAUUCUGGCCUUC